AUGCGAAUUAAGCCAGAUAGAAUCAGUGAAGUUAAGAAAACGACAACCACAACAACGGCAGUACCUGUAGAAGCGAAUUAUAGAGUUCAUCACGAAUCAACAAAUUCUGCAACGACUGAAACCCUAGCUUUAAAAUCACUAAGUGCCACAAAUGAUUCACAACUGUCUGAUGACAAAAUAGAUUCAGAAGAAACAAAUGUAAAAUUCGAUAAUUCGCAUCCUGACUUUCGCAGCGACGAUAACAGCACCUAUGAAACAGAGACAGAUUUUUCUGACCUUUCAGAUGAACAAACUAGCCCAACUUUUUUGCCAACCUCUACUUAUAGCAAUAUCAAUAAUCAAAGCAAUACUUCGCCAGCACAAGAAACAUCAGAACCGACGUUAAAGGCAGAGAAAGCGAUCAACAGCAGCCACGGUGGCUCACCUGAAGUUCAGAACACCGCGCUAGCCAAGAAUACAGUAAAGACACUUGAAAAAAUUGCCAGCACCUUAUACCCCAAAGGAACGCAGAAAUUGCAAGCUUCUUCUGAACCCACUGCAGCAGUAACUCUUAGCUCAAUAAGAAGUGGUGAAGAAAACUUUUUAAUUACUGCAGAUGCGCACGAAAAAUUGGAUCAUCCGAUAUCGGUACUCAGCAUUGAAACUACUGCAUCACGCAGAACAACAAAAGAAACGCCAGAGUUAGAUUCAAAAAAUGUGACUGAGGAACAUUUUAUUGCUACGAAAAGGCCACAUGACUACAACAUGGACGAACGAGAUGAAGCUGAAGAGAAAACGGGCAAAACGACAAGCACCGCUCAUGAAAAUUUUGACAACAACAAGAGGACUAAUUUUAUUUCAGACCCAAAUUACACCGGCGUUUACACUAGGCGUGUAGAACACAUGUUAAAUGUAGCAAACAAGUCAAAGAUCUUGGCACCGGAACACUUUCCGUAUGUUACAGAAGAAGUAUUUAGACGUAUCUACUGGCCCAAAAAGUUCAUUUUGCUAACUGAAAAAAGAACCCGUGAUAGCCAUCAUUAUAGCAAAAAUCUUAAUCAAUCAGUUUCAAAGCUAAACUCUGCAACCAAAGAAGGCGAACUUGAAGCUGAAUUUCUUCAUUCCGACACGAAAUCAACGUCGGAAGCGACAACCACAAGUGCUCAAACUUCCAUUCACUAUAAAAACGACGACAAUUUUCAAACAACAACAAAUUUACCUCCAUCAGAUCGUGAAAAGUCAGAAACAAAUGAAGAAACUUCAGAUGUUACAACCAUAAGCAAUGUCAAAAAAAAUAAAGACCAUGCCGUCUCAAGCAAAAAAAGCCAAAAUUACCAAACUGAAAAAUCGAAGACGAAUAAGGAGAGUGAAACAAGGCAUAAAGGGAACGAAAACGUUUUUAAAAAUCGAGAAGAAAAAAUUACGCUUCAGGAAGAAACAGAAAAAGGAAGCAAAAUAUACAGAGAACCAGCGACUAACGAUCAAAAAUUUGAUAAAACAAAGUUUAGUCAAUUUCAGAGUGCCAAACUGCUAAGAAAAUUGAUAGCAAUUGCGUCGAAAGUCAGAGAAUCUUCAAUUAAAACUAAGCCAACGGAAAAAAAGAGCUCUUUUGCAAAAUUACAAAGGCAAAAUGUAGAAGCAGAAACUAGUAAACAUUUAAUAAAAGAAAAAAAGACAACCAAACCAGAAAAUUUAAAAAAUAAAGAGCAAAAAAGUCGUGAACUUGACAGCCACUGGGUGACUGGGAACCUUUCAAUUAAGGGUCCAUAUGAAGAGAUACUGCAUUAUAGACGAACCGUUGAAGAGAAUUUGAAAGAUGAGACUGGAAAUCAAAAAGGAUCUCAGAAUAGUGGCCGAAGCGGAGAGGAGUUGGUAGACGAGUUGACCAGAAAUAUUGAUCAAAAACUAACAACUUUAGAGCCAGUGACAACAGUCGCUGAAAACCCUGAAGAAAAUGUUUCAGCAGACUCGAAAUCCACCGAACAAAUAACAGCAAAAUUCGAUAAUGAUAAGGGCCUAAAAAAUUAUGAUAAUGAACAGAACCACAACUCAAAUAUGUACCUUAACGAAGAUGAAAAGCUCAGUAAUCGCUUCGGACAGCAGUCGAUAAUGACUGCAGGAAAGGUAAUGAGACAUACAGACGUGACGGAACUAUCAAAUCCCAUGCAAGUCGAACUAGAUCAAAAAAUUGAUAACAAUAACGAGCAUCCAAAACCGCUGACAUCCAAACAAGGAGAUCCAGUUACUGCUGAAAUGAACGACAGCGGGACAGUUACUGUUGAAAUGGAUUCUCAACUGAAGUUAAAAGAAGUCGAAAAAAUCAACACUUUAAAACACGUUGUGAUGGAUUCAUUGAACAAGGAUCAAAAAAAACUUGAAACCCCAGUCAAAGUUAUACUGUCCCCAAAACAGUUCACGAAUCCGAUCCAAAAGUCUACUACACCAAAACAUGAAAAGGAGCUCCCAACAACAAGCAGUUAUGAGGUUAUGUUAUUCAUAGAACUUUAA